AUGGGUGAUUGGAAUUUGUUGGGGAGCAUCUUAGAAGAGGUCCAUGUUCACUCCACCAUCGUGGGGAAAAUCUGGCUCACCAUCCUGUUCAUCUUCCGGAUGCUGGUUCUCGGCGUCGCAGCCGAGGAUGUCUGGGAUGACGAACAGAGUGAGUUCGUGUGCAACACUGACCAACCGGGUUGCAAAAAUGUGUGCUACGACAAAGCUUUCCCGAUCUCCCUUAUAAGGUACUGGGUCCUACAAAUCAUCUUUGUCUCCUCACCUUCCCUGGUCUACAUGGGACAUGCACUGUAUCGACUGAGGGCGCUGGAAAAGGAGAGGCACAAGAAGAAAGCUCAACUUAAAGUGGAACUGGAGGGGACCGAAGGCCUUCUGGAGGAGCAUAAAAGGAUUGAGAGGGAAUUACGGAAACUCGAGGAGCAAAAGAAAGUCAGGAAAGCUCCACUGAGGGGCUCCUUGCUACGCACAUAUGUUCUGCAUAUCUUAACCAGGUCAGUCGUGGAAGUUGGAUUCAUCAUUGGACAAUAUGUCUUAUAUGGUAUUGGACUGAGCCCUUUGUACAAGUGUGAGAGGUUGCCUUGCCCGAACAGCGUGGACUGCUUCGUGUCCCGGCCGACGGAGAAGACCAUCUUUAUGGUGUUCAUGCUUGUCAUAGCUGGAGUUUCCCUGUUCUUGAACAUCCUUGAGAUCUUUCACCUGGGCGUGAAAAAAAUCAAACAGAGCAUAUACGGCCUGAACGGGGGAGACGACGACAGUAUUUGCAGGUCUAAGAAGAACUCGAUGGUCCAACAAGUUUGUGUUCUCACAAACUCGUCUCCACAGAAGCUAAUACAACUGACACAACCUGCUUACGCUUUAGGGCCGGAAGGGCAAGUGGACGUCUUGCCGCAGUACAUGCCUUCUAAUGCUCCUCCACCCAGCCAGGUGGAGCAGAGCACUGACUUGGAUAAUGGCUCUGAGCAGAAUCCCAGACAGCAACGUCUUCCCAGUCAACCGGAGGUCCGUGCCCUUCGACAACUUGGAGCGGCAGAACGGCGUCACACGCUGGACAAUGGGCCACAUUCCUGCAGCAGCGAUGAGUCUAAUGAACCAAAGACCUCUGGGCAUCCUGUACAUGCAGGACAACAGCCCAGAGCGUCACUGAGAGCCAGUAACAUCGAAAUACCAGCGGCUCUGCGAAACGCCUUGCGCAAGCAGAGUCGUGUCAGCAUGUGUAAAGACUUGAGUGAGGACUUGAGCGAUUCACCAGAGAGUGGACACUACCCGACUGCCAGGAAAUCCAGCUUCAUGUCCCGUGGGCUUUCUGAAAGCCCGGCCGACAGUUCGGCAUCCAAGAGCCCAUCCGAAUCAGAUGCCAAUCGCAUUGCCCAAGGCGAGAGUCCGGCUAUGACACCUCCACCUGCUAGCGGGCGUAGAAUGUCAGUGAGCAUGAUUCUGGAACUUUCUUCAAUCAUGAAAAAAUGA